AUGGCACCAGAGAGUCCGGCAGUCGAUCAAUCCCACGAGGACUUCCUCUUUGGAGCAUCUAAUGGAAAGCCGUGGCACCAGAACCUCAAUCCACUGAAAUGGGGACCGGUACCCCCGAACACCGCGAAUCUACUCAGCAAAUUACACUUCGGAUGGGUAUCAUCGUUUAUGGCGAAUGGAUAUAGACGCAACCUCGAAACGAAUGACAUCUGGCUCGUCAACCCUGACAGAAAUGUCAACACCUUGUCAGCACCCUUCCAUAACUCUUUCCAGAACCGAUGUGCAGCGGAUUCGAAACGUAAGCUCAUGAUAGCCCUAUAUGUGACAUUUAAGAGAGACUUUUGGAUAGGUGGCAUUUGUAUUUUAAUAUCUUCACUUGGCCAAGUGAUGGUGCCCUUCACUCUACGCUUUUUAUUGACAUUCGUUGGAGAUGCAUACGAAGCAUCUACAAACAACCGACCAGGACCACCGAUCGGCCGAGGCCUAGGAAUACUCUUCGGCAUCGUCCUCAUCCAGUUCAUUCAAUCAUUGUCCACAAACCAGUUUCUGUAUCGCGGGGGUAUGGUGGGUGCACAGGCACGCGGCGUCCUCACAACCGCCAUCUUCGAGAAGUCACUGCGGAUAUCAGCACGCGCGCGAGCAGCUGGGAAGGGAUAUUCAGACGGUCGAAUCAUCAACCUCAUGUCCACAGACGUCGCUCGGAUCGAUCUCGCAGCUGGCAUGCUCCACAUGAUCUGGGCGGCCCCGAUGACUAUUCUCGCCUGUCUCAUCCUCCUCAUCAUCAACAUCACCUAUUCUGCCGUCGCUGGCUUCAGUCUGCUAGUAGUCAGUAUUCCAGCAUUGACCUGGGCGACGAAGUCUUUGGCGGGGAGGAGGAAGGCGAUAUCGAGUAUUUCGGAUUCGAGGAUUUCGCUCGUGACCGAAGUCCUGAAAUCAAUACGCUUCGUCAAAUAUAAUGCCUGGGAAUCGUCCUUUCUAUCCAAACUCCAGGGCCUGCGAAAAAAGGAGACUAUCUUGGUCGCGAAGCUUUUGACCACACGUAAUGCUAUCUACGUCAUAUCGAUCUCGACGCCUGUCUUCGCAGCUAUGAUUUCGUUCAUUGUGUAUUCCAUGACGGGUCACUCGCUGGGUGUUGGACCCGUCUUUUCUUCUCUGGCGCUUUUCAAUGCCGUCAGAAUCCCUUUGAGCUUGCUGCCGAUCGUCAUUGGGCAGAUGGCGGAUGCAAUGGCAUGUCUCAAGCGCAUCGAAGACUUUCUCUCCGCCGAAGAGCACGAAGAUAAGAUUGAGUGGGAUAUGCGCGCCGAGCAAGGCAUCCAAGUUCAAAAUGCUUCGUUUACCUGGGAGGAAACUCCCGAUAAUGACCAAGCCCCCAGCAAAAUAACAGGAAAGCAACAGGGUAAGAAGGCCAAUGAAAAGUCAGAGAUGGAACUCGAAGCAUCCAAGCCACCUGUAUUCUCGAUCAAGGACAUGAAUUUCUCCGUGGGACGCAACGAACUUCUGGCCGUCGUAGGCUCCGUAGGCUCGGGAAAGACGUCCCUCUUAUCCGCCUUAGCAGGAGAAAUGCGAAAGACAGAUGGGAACGUUAUCAUGGGAAGCUGGGCACGAGCAUAUUGCCCCCAACAGGCUUGGAUACAGAACGCGAGCGUGAAAGACAACAUCCUUUUCGGCAAGCCCAUGGACGAACGGUGGUAUGAGACUGUGAAGUACGCCUGUUCGUUGGAAGCCGACAUGAAGCAGUUCUCGGCUGGAGAAGACACAGAGAUAGGUGAGCGAGGUAUCAAUCUGAGCGGUGGGCAGCGCCAGCGUAUCAACCUUGCUCGGGCGAUCUAUUCGCAGAGCGAGAUCGUGCUGCUAGAUGAUCCGCUUUCGGCAGUGGAUGUACAUGUUGGGAAGCAUCUGUUCGAUCAGGCUAUUUGUGGGCUGCUGAAGGAUAAGUGUAGGAUAUUGGCUACACACCAGCUGCAUGUCUUGUAUAAAUGCGACAGGAUACUGUGGCUCGAAAAUGGGAGUAUCAAGGCGUUGGACACAUUCGACAAUCUCAUUGCAGGCAACACCGAUUUUCAAAAGAUGAUGGAGAGCACUGUCCAGGAGGAUGGUCCAGCCAAGUCAGCCCCAGAAGAGCAUGCUGAGACAAAAGAAGAGACCCAGAAAAGGGUGACGAAGGAGAGCAGCGGACUGAAAAAGGGACAACUAGUCAAGGAAGAGAACAAAGGUGAAGGGCAUGUUUCCUGGGCUGUUUACAGAGCCUACAUCGCCUCAUCUGGCCACAUUCUACUUGGACUGAUACCGAUCUUCUUGCUCGUGGUGGCUCAGGGAGCAAAUGCCAUAAUGGGUUUAUGGCUAGGCUUUUGGACGUCGGAUCGAUUUCAUUUGAGUCGAGACAGCUAUAUUGCCAUCUACGUUGCUCUUGCGGUGUCACAGGCACUAUUGAUGUUCUUCUUCACAGCAUCGGUAUCCAACCUGGGUAGCAUCGCCAGCCGUCGUACCUUGGACAAAGCAACAGAGAAAGUCAUCCGCUCACCUCAAUCAUUCCACGAUACCCAGCCCCUCGGACGCAUCAUCACCCGCCUCUCUCGAGAUGCCGAUGUCGUCGACAACCAGCUCCCCGACGCCCUACUCAUCGCCCUCCUGAUCUACUACUUCCCCUACUUCGCAAUCGCCCUCGUCCCCAUCCUCGCACUCUUCCUCUUCGCAACCUCUUACUUCCGCGUCACAGCCCGCACGCUCAAACGCCACGAAGCAGUCCUCCGCAGUAAGCUCUUCGCCCGGUUCUCCGAAUCCGUCUCUGGAGUCUCCACCAUCCGCGCCUUCGGCCUGCAAACCACGUUCACCAACACCAUUCGUGACGCCAUCGACGGCAUGAACGCAGCGUACUACCUCACCAAGGCCAGCGAGCGUUGGCUGGCCACCCGUCUCGACUUGGUAGCCAACAUGAUGGUGCUUACGGUCGGAUUGCUCGUAGUGAUCAGUCGUGACGCCAUUCAUCCAAGUAUAUCGGGAGUCCUGCUAGCAUACCUGCUAUCUAUGAUCCACGUCAUCCAGCUUGUUGUCCGCCAAUUAGCGGAAGUGCAGAAUGGCAUGAAUUCGAUGGAACGCUUACACGAAUACGCGACGGCAUUGGAAACAGAGCGCGAGGCAUCCGAGCAUACAGUCGAGACAAGCCCCUCGUGGCCCGAGCGAGGAGAAAUCGUCCUGCAGGAUGUGCAGAUGAGGUAUCGUCCGGAGCUACCCCUCGUUCUCAAUCACCUCAACCUUCAUGUCCAUGGCGGGCAGAAGAUUGGCAUCGUAGGACGGACGGGCGCUGGGAAGUCAUCGAUCACGCAGGUCCUUUUCAGACUUGUUGAUUUGGCUGGAGGGAGGGUCAUUAUCGACGGCGUAGACCUCUCGACUGUUGCGCUCAGUGAAUUGAGGUCCAAAGUCUCCAUCAUAACGCAGGACCCCACCCUAUUCAAAGGGACCAUCAGAAGUAAUCUGGACCCAUUUGAUCAGCAUCCUGACAUGGACCUCUGGGACGCAGUCAGAAAGGCCGGGCUUCUCGACGACGAAAAGAACAAAGUCCAGCUGGACUCGACGGUAGAAGAGGCCGGCGCCAACUUCUCCCUGGGGCAGAGACAGUUGAUCGCUUUGGCUAGAGCUUUGCUGCAUGAUAGCCGUAUCGUCGUGUGUGACGAGGCGACAUCGUCGGUGGAUAUGGACACGGAUGCGAAGGUGCAGAGGGCGAUGUCUCAAGCUUUUGCUGGCAAGACGGUUUUGACUAUUGCGCACAGGCUGAAGACUAUCAUUGACUAUGACAGAGUAUGUGUUAUGGAUAAGGGGAGCGUUCUGGAGUUUGGAAGCCCGCUGGAGCUCUGGGAACAGGGCGGAGUUUUCAAGGAGAUGUGUGCUGGAAAUGGCAUUGAUAGAGCGCAUUUUGGGCGUUAG